GUUUGCGCAGUUUCAUUCCCACAUCCAUUGAGCACAGCAGGAGCGUUUGUAGCAAGGCAUAAAAAUAGAUUUUAUUCUUGUGUUAAACAGAGAUAGUCACUUAAAGUGGUGCGAAUAAUUACAUAUGUUGAUUUAAGUCAGACAUGCUGGUUUGCUCGAGCAAUUUUCAAUAAACUACAUCGCUACUAUUAAUUUUCGAAAAGGAGAAAGGUCAGUGAAAACACACUCUUCACGAAGUAUCAAAGAUUUGUCAAAAAUGCCGCGCACGGAAGAGAGUAUUGAAUUAGAUCAAGUUCUUUCUGAAAUCGGCCAGUUUGGACCGUUUCAAGUGUGGCAAUACGCACUCAUGAUUUUACCGAUCAUGUUGAACGCCUUCUUUACAUUCAGCUAUGUUUUUACGGCCGGAAAUAUGGAUUACAGAUGCUAUGUGCCGGAGUGUGAUUUACCCGAUGCAGCUGUGUAUGAUGCUACAUGGACUAAUUUAGCUCUUCCUUUCGAUCGUAGCGGACAUCCAGAACGUUGUCACCGGUUUCUGCCAAUCAGUGAUACUACACUUAACGAGACGUGUACUGCAGCAGCGUUUAAUGUUUCUAAUUUGAUUUCUUGCUCGAGUUUCGUUUAUCGUACCGGUGAUGUUACCAUAGUACGUGAUUUUGGAAUAAAUUGUGCCGAAAAUGACUGGAAAUUGGCUCUCGUGGGAACCAUGAAUAACAUAGGCCAAUUUGUAGCUCUUCCUAUUGCUGGGUAUCUAUCUGAUCAAUUUGGAAGACGAUGGAUCCUGCUAAUUAGUGUAGCUGGAAGUGCGCUUUGCGGUGUGAUUAGAUCAUUUUCUAAUAGCUAUGCUAUGUUUCUCGUGUUUGAAUUUUUAGACCCUGCCAUCGGCUCUACGAUGUAUACGACAGCUUUUAUUCUUGCACUUGAACUAGUGGGUUCUAAAAAACGUGUUACAGGAAACAACAUUAUUUCCUGUGCUUUUUCCUUCGGAGAGGCUUUACUUGGUUUAUUAGCGAUGUAUAUCAAUAAUUGGCGUGUUUUAUUACGUACUUUAUACUUCUCUGGAUUUUUGGCAACGGCAUUUCUCUUUACAACCACGGAAAGUGUUCGAUGGUUACUAUCGAAAAAUCGACCUUCAUGCGCUCUUAAAAUUUUACAAAAAGCAGCUAAAGUCAAUGGGAAAACACUAUCUCCGACCACAAUAGAAAAUCUUUGUCCAAAUAGUGUUUCCGAAGCGACACCUUCCGAGCCUAUGAAAACUCAAACUUUUGCACAGCUAUUAAAUGAAGCGUUUCAUAGCCCUGGCCUCACAGCGCGAGUCAUAAAUUGCUCGUUUUGUUGGCUUACAAAUACUAUGGUCUACUUUGGACUUAGCUUAAACUCUGUAUCUUUAUCAGGAAACAAAUACGUUAAUUUUAUUCUUGUGUCCCUUAUUGAAUUGCCAGGGUUUUUCCUCAUGCAAUUAUUUCUUGACCGUACGGGAAGGAAGAGAACCCUCUUCGUUACAAUGAUAAUUAGUGGCUUACUCUGUAUCAUUUCGGGGCUAGUACCGCUUGAAGCACCAUUCGUCAGACUGGUUUUGUUUCUACUUAGUAAACUCACAAUCACGAUGUCUUUUGGCACACUAUACAUCUACACGGUGGAAAUUUUUCCUACUAAUCUGCGACAAACUUUACUGUCAGCAUGCUCGAUGAUCGGCCGAGUAGGCUCUAUGAUUGCUCCACAAACACCUCUAUUAUCCAAAUUAUGGAUACCACUUCCAAUGUUUAUUUUUGGCUGCCUCGGCAUCUCUUCAGGAGUUGCAAUUCUACAGUUACCGGAAACACUUAAUACCGAACUACCUGAUACCGUUCACGAUGCAAUGAAUAUGUCAAAAAAAUUAGGUGAUCAUCAAGCUUCCACUUAG